CGCAGAGCAUGCCGGGAGGUGUAGUUUGUUUUUGCUGUCUGCACAUGGGGAGGAUAUAGAAGGGAUUCCUGUCUGCCAGUCGGCUUGACAAGAUGCUUCAUAUAUACAAUGGCUUCUAAAACUGGCCCACUGAACAAGGACUGGUAUGCCAUUUUGGGUGCCAACCCCACAGACAGCCAGGCAGAACUGAAACAGAAAUAUCAGAAACUUGCUUUAUUGUACCACCCAGAUAAACUGGGCACGGACGUGACAGACAAACAUGUUGAGAACGGGUCACAAAGGUUCAUCGAAAUCAAUCAGGCAUGGAAAAUUCUAGGGAAUGAAGAGACAAAGAAAGAAUAUGACCUGAAUCUGCGAGAAUGUGAAAUUAGCAGAUCCUGGGCUGUAGACACGCAAAUUCACUUAGAAGACAUGUCGUGGGAUGAAGAUGAAGACCUUUAUUCGUUCCCAUGCCGCUGCGGAGGACGAUACGUAGUUCCGCAAAACGAUAUUGAACAAACCUUGUUGGUAAACUGCGAUUCAUGUUCACUGAUUAUAGAAAUCCUUCUGGAGAAUGGUUGAGAAUAUACAAAUAGACUGUAACUUAUUACUGGAUUCCACAACAUUAAAAGCUUUUCAUUUUUACUGUUUUUCCCCUUUCUACACCAAAGACUCAGCCAGGAAGAAUGGUACUAAGACUAUACGAUUAGAGCCUCGGGUUAAUUCUAGAAGUAGUUGAUGGAGGGAGGUGGGAUAACAUUCUGGACAAGAGGAGUGUAAAUGUAUUUUUAUUAAAGGCCAAGAUAUGCUAAAGAAAUUU